AUGAAUGUGAGCAUGGAGUCGGGUGACUGACGGGAUACUUUGAUCGAACGGUUUUUUAAAUAUUUUUGCUGUCGAAAGAGGAGGAGACUUCCGGGGAUAAUUCGGCUCGCGGUAAAAACUCCCUGAACAUCUGGAUCAAAAGUAAGAAGAACCCCAAAACAAUGGAACCACAGAUCAAACGCUGGAAGGGGUCUGUGUGUGAGUCUGACUCCUGGGUUGCUUAUCCUGUACUGUCAGAUGAGCAGUCACAAGACGUCAAGCUUAUAGAAGCAUUUGCUGCACCCAUUGUCAAGAAGAAAGAGACCUCUCGACUUCUACGGGAGCUGAGCAGCCUGUACCCACUGAGUGGCCUCCAGCACCUCAAGAGGGUUCGGGCGGUGAAGGAGAAGGGCAGCCCACAUCCUCUGGAAGUCCUUGUGUGCCUCGUCAGCGAUGCACCAGACGUAAAGGUGGUCUGUGUUGACUCUCUGCUCCCCUUGGAUAGAGUUAGACAUGACGGAUUAGGUGAGCCUUUUGUGGUAAAGGUCCCUGCACGUCCCCCUUUGACCCGACCCCAAUUUGAGCUGGCGAGCAAACACUGGCCCACAUCCUUUCAUGAGGACAAACAGGUGACGGUUGCCUUGAAAGGAGAACUCUUCAGUCCACCUCAGAAAGCCAGGAUGCACAUGUACAUGAUGACUGCUCUGACUGCUGCCAAAGCAGGAAGUGAGUUGGGAAUGGAGGAGGUAGGGGCUGUGAUGGUCAACCCAACGACGGAGAAAAUCAUAGCAGUGGGCCAUGACUGCAGAAGCGACCAUCCUCUUCAUCACGCAGUCAUGGUCUGCAUUGACCUUGUGGCACGGAGCCAGGGCGGCGGAUGUUACUCUUUUGACAGAUACCCUGCUUGCCGAUUUAUUUCACCAAACUCAGACGCCUUUCAAGGUGUUUCGGAUGCAGAGGCGGGCUCUCAGCCGUACAUAUGCACCGGAUAUGACCUUUACGUGACCCAAGAACCUUGUGUCAUGUGCGCCAUGGCGCUGGUACACUCCCGGAUAGGUCGUGUCUUCUAUGGGACUGCCUCCUCUGACGGGGCCUUAGGGACCAAAUAUAAAAUCCACACACAGAACGAUUUGAACCAUCACUUUGAGGUUUUCAAAGGAGUGUUGGGUAAGCAGUGUGAGGAUCUUAAUGCUGUGAGUAGCCACAUCAAGACAGAAAGUUUACAAGAAAGUAGAUAAUAUCUACCAAUUUUAGAAAUUGGCUUGGAGCUGGAAAAUUCACAUCACAGGUUUAAGCACAGAAUUAAGUGGAUAUUUGGCUUAAGCAUUUUUUAAGAAAAAGUUUUAACCUAUUUGGUUAUAGUUAUAUUGAAAGCAUGUGUGUGGAUGAAAACCAGUAAUGUGGUUUACAUUAGCCCACAGGAGAUGUUAAACCCAAAGGAAGUGAUACAAUUCAACUUGUGGCAGUAUAAAAGCAAAUUUUAACUUGUUCUUUUUUUGUAUUUUUUUUAAAUUCCUUAUUGACAUACAUACAACAAACUGAAAAUGAUAGGGGUGCAAUUAUACAGAAAAGAAUAAAC